CCAGGGGAAAUUCUAUUGAAUCUUCAACUUAAAUAUUGCAUCUUUUUUUCUAUAGCUGGACUUUAAAACAAGAGGGAAAAAAAAUGUCUUCAUCACUUUGGGGAAUAAUUUUCUGUCAGCUUUGCAUGUGGUUAGUAGAAUCAGCACCCUCUUUAUCAAAGAUAGAAGGAGUAUUAACACCAGAUGAAUCAGUCCAGUCCUUAACCAACAACAUUGGAAACAACAUCUACACUGGAAUUAGUGGAGCUUCUCCAACUGGCCAAACAACUGGAACCGACCUAGUAAACAAGCGCAAAGGAGGGUAUAGAGACAUAACAGGCGCUGGGGACUUUUCUGUCACCAAUACUAUAACAUCUUCAAAAGAUACCAAUGUAAAUAGGUUUGAUCAGACAAGUCCAACUAUUAAUGAAGUGAAGCCAACUGUGAAAGCGACGAAAACAUUCAAAAAGCAAAAGAAGCCUACAAAAGGAAAACUUUCAAAUAAAUCCAAAAGAAUGAAUCCUUCGAUGUCCGAAAACACGCUUUUGGAAACAUUUACGACAACCACAAUGUCCCUUGUCUUAGAUGGCAAAACACCGGAUCCGUUCUAUGACGGUUUCGAUAAUUUUGAAACAACAACACCAUUUGGUGGCAUAACUACAACUCCACUUGUUACAACAACACUUCCACCUCUCAGACCAUUGGAUAAAGGUCCACCAACAACUACUUUCACACCAUGUUCAGCAAAUAUUCGAGCUAAUCCCAAGAACAGGAAUGUAUAUCACUAUUUAUCCGGUCCCUGGUCAGGUUACUACAUUCAAUGUCCUGCUGGCCUUGAAUUCCGUGAAGACAGGUGUCGCUGUGACUGGCCACUAAUGGAAGCUGUAGAAAACUGCUCAUGUUGCAAAUCUGGUGUUAUGAAACACGAGAAGCAUAGGAAUAUGUUCAAACGUUUGAUUAAUGGCCAGUGGGUUGAUGAAGUUUGUCAAUCUCAUACCAUGGUCUGGGACGACAAGGAGUGUAAGUGUGUCUGGGAUGCUAACAAGCCAGGAAGAGAAAUCCUGCCAGUUGAUAAACCAGUUAAAUAUUAUCCGAGAUAUAAUGAACGAUGUGUUACCUUGCUAAAUAUGACACUUGACAAAGAAUUGAAAGAUGAAGACGGAAAACAUAUCACCGGAACCAGAAAGAUACACAGUCGGCGAUUUAAGGCCAUCAAAGGAGCCGUAAACAAGGCCAUGUUGUUUGUAUAUACCCCUUUUGAACUGCAAUCUUUCAAAGGAAAUAGUCUAGAAAGGAACAUUUACAUCAGCUUUAACUUUAAGCCUGUUGUGCAAAAUGCAAAGAAAGUCACGCUGUUUUCGAAUGGUUGUAAAUCAUAUGCAGCAAUGGAGCAGGUACUGCCUCCGUCCAUUGAAAUCAAUUUCUUCCCACAUAACGGAACUAUGGAAUUCAUCUUCAAGACUGAAUCAAAAUCAUUGAACAUCUACAGGAAGCCAAGACGAGAUCCUUAUGACUGGUACAGAGUACGCAUGUACCUACAGGACAAAGUUUUAACAAUAAUCGUCAACAACGAAGUUCUAUACAAUUCUAAUGGAUUGAAUGGUAAAAUUAUCAGCACGAAUUGCAACUUGAUGGUGGGAGGAUCACCCUUUAAUAGUGAGCAGAAAUAUAUUGGAUACAUGGACGAGAUAUUAAUAGUUAAACAGUGUCCAUAUGCAAAAAAGAAUAAACUUGGACCCAAAGCUGGCUGAAUGACCGACUUCACCAUGCGAACGAUAUCAAACCCCCAUUUGAUACCAUUUUGCUGUGAUUUCACAGUUUCCUACCUCUGGAUUUAAUGAGGUUUUUGAUUUGAAAAUUUCUGUCUCGUUUUCUACUUCUGAAUACCGAAACAGAUAUUAGAGUAGUGGUUCUCUGACCUCACGGUUUGCAUGGCCUUUGCUUUGCCAGAGCCCGAUUCUGGAAAAAACUUCAGUGCAAAUGAGAGCAUUCUGUGGUAAGGAAUUUUUGACAUUUGAGAAAUCCAUAAUUGUUUUAUGAAUAAUUUGUAAAACAUCAUUUCAUUAUAUGUAAAUGUAAUGUUUCUGCAUAUUUUUUUCUGUUAUAAUUGCUAAAUUAUUCAUUGCUUUUCUUGUUAUGUAAUUUUAAAUUUUUUAUUAAAACGUUCUCUCUAAGGAAUCAAUUUAAAUAUAGCUUGUUGUUAGCCGUUUAUCAGAUUUAUUCCAUCUAGGCACGAACACGACAUAAUUAGAAUAAAUGAUAAUAAAUUAGAAUUGUAGUGACAAUGUUUGAUCAAUCAAUUUCAAAUACUUAAUUUAUUGAUUGGAUGUUCUCGGAAAUCAGAGUACAAUAUUCUUAACAUGUUGAAUGACCUUUUGGGGAGUUUGACAUACAUUCAAUAUUAGAAUGCAAUUAUAUCUAGUCAUUACACUUUCUAUAAAUUUUAUUUAAAGAAUUCUAUUCACUGCUUCUUCGUUGUCACAUUACAUUGUUUUUAUUGAGAAUAAAUUUUGCAGAGAAUAUCUCUUUCCUUGACCCUUUGCAGCAGCGAAGGAGAUAUUACUAUUCUGAGUCUUGGUGACAUAUUUGUUUUACGAUUCACUUUUCCUUGCUUGACAGGCCACUACAUGUAUAAUAUCAUGCUGUUCUAUAUUUGUCAACAAAUUAAUGUAUUAAUGGAGUUUUGCGUAUAAGCCCUGUCAUUAGUAUAUCAAGGCUGUUGUAAUGUGUAUGUAUGAACUUAUUUUUUUUAAUCUGUAAGACAACUUGUAUGUAGAUGACAAAAGUUAUGUUGUUUGUAGAUCACAGUUAUAUUGUCUGAAUUUUUCCUGUAUGAAGAGUUGUGUUGUAUUAAGUACGUUUGUUUUUUGUUUAUUUAUUUUACCUCUUGAGGUAGACAAAUUAAACUGUGUAUAUAGUGCUUUAACAUUUCUGUGAUACAAAAUAUAGACACCAUAUCCAAUAAAAAUGUUACUUCUU